AUGUCAAAUUCUUGCGACCAGUUUAACCUACUGAACCUGUAUGUUCUUUGUCAUUUGUCACCACUCAAUCUUUGGAUUCAUCGCAGAAAUUACAAUGCAAAAAUCGGAGCGGAUCAUGCUACUAGAUAUCAAAUCGAACAUAUGGGCACGACAUGUGGACGACACUUCACAAUCGAAACGGGGGAGAACAAAAAAUUUGCGUCCCUAGAUGUGCUCGUCACAAGGACAACAAACGGUCAACUACAAACUGAAGUAUACAGGAAAGAAAAGCAUAGAGACCAGAUUCUGAAUUACCACAGCAACCAUCCGAAAUGUCACAGGCGGAGCUGUGUUUGA